AUGGGCAUUUUGAAGCUGCCAGUGGUUCUCUUUGUGCUUUUUGUUGCGUUAAACCAUCUGGAAGGUGGUGGUAAACCCACUGAAAGUCGUCAGAUGGAAAAGCGGAAGUGCCGCACUGCCACUUGCGCGACUCAACGCCUGGUCAAUUUUUUAGCUCCUUCCGGCAACAAACUUGGCGCCAUUUUCUCACCUAUGAAGAUGGGAUCCAAUACUUAUGGCAAGAGGAAAAAAGUUGAGAUCUUAAAGAGAGAACCAUUGAGUUACUUACCCAUUUAGAGGUCAGUCUCCUCUACAGUUCUUACUGCUUUAAUGUAUUAAAUAACUACUCCACUGAUUUCCUUUGUUAUUUAACAGUACCUCUUCCAUUACUAGAGUGAAUAUAUGAAUCUCUGCCUCCCAUGUUUGUUGCUAACGCAU